AUGGCCCCUCCAAAGGUUUUUUCGCUCGAAGGCAAGGGCCUCAAGCUGGACACCGCUGAGGAUACCGAAGCCCAUAUCAAGCCCUUGCUGGAGAGCACCGAUUUCACCGAGGUCCGGCUGGGCGGAAACACCCUGGGUGUGCCCGCCUGUCAGCGCCUGGCCGCCGCCCUCUCGACCCAGAAGACCCUCGAGGUCGCCGAACUCGCCGACAUCUUCACCGCGCGUCUCAUCGAAGAGAUCCCCGCUGCCCUCUCCCACCUCCUCGACGCCCUCCUGGAGAUCUUCACCGUGCACACCGUCAACCUCUCCGACAAUGCCUUCGGCAAGCGCACCCAGGACCCCCUCAUCAAGUUCCUGUCGCAGCACGUGCCCCUCCGCCACCUGAUCCUGAACAACAACGGCAUGGGCCCCGAUGCUGGUGCCAACAUCGCCAAUGCGCUCUCCGACCUGGCGGCGCGCAAGGAGGAGGCCCGCAAGGGUGGCAACACCGUGCCCCACCUCGAGAGCAUCGUCUGCGGGCGCAAUCGGCUGGAGAACGGCAGCAUGGCGGCGUGGGCCCGCGCCUACGAGGUCCACGCGCGCGGCAUGCGCUCGGUGAAGAUGACUCAGAAUGGUAUCCGUCAGGAGGGUAUCUCGCUGCUGCUGAGGGAGGGUCUCCGCCACGCUAGCGGGCUCGAGGUUCUCGAUCUGCAGGACAACACCUUCACCGUGACGGGGUCGACUGCGCUGGCUAGUGUGCUGCCUGGCUGGCCCUGGCUGCGGGAGCUCGGUGUCGGCGACUGUCUGCUGGGUGCCCGCGGUGGCGUCAAGGUCGCGCAGGCCCUGGCCGAGGGCAAGAACCAGCGGGUAGAGACGCUGCGUUUGCAGUAUAACGACAUCACGGCGGAGGGCGUCAAGCAGUUCCUCCACGCGACCAAGACGGCACUUCCCGCGCUGCGCCGCAUCGAGCUCAACGGCAAUAAAUUCGAGGAGGAUGACAACAACGUGACGGAUCUGCAGGAGGUUCUGGAGGCCCGCAAGGACGAGCACGGCCACGACAGCGAUCCGGAGGACAUGUGGGGCUUGGACGAGCUGGACGAGUUGGAAGAGGAGAGCGAGGAGGAGGAGGAGGAAGAAGAGGAGGAGGAGGAGGAGGAGGAAGAGGAGGCUAAGGCCGAGAAGGAAGUCAAGAUCGCGGAGGAGGCCGAAGAGGCAAAGGUCGCGCAGCGGGAAGACAAUGAUGUCGACAAGCUGGCCGAGACCUUCGGCAAGACCACGAUCUAG